AUGGAAGUUCUCGAUGCGAAAGGUCUCUCUGAGCGCCUGAGAUGGGAAGACAAUGAGUACUGGCUGCACCUCGAGGCUGAGACUCCGUUUGAGAAGUAUCCCGCAAAACAACAUGCGCGGAGGGUGCAAGAGAAGUUGGGUGUUGAAGAAGGCCUGAUCUACCUACCGGGUCAACCAGCGAGGAACAACGAAGAUAGCGACAUGCCAGCACCCUUCCGACAACGCCGAUAUUUCUAUUACUUGAGCGGAUGCAAUGAACCUGACUGCCAUCUGACGUACGACACGCGACGCGACGAAUUGUCCCUGUUCAUUCCCCGCAUCAAGCCUGAGCGCGUUAUCUGGUACGGUCGUGGCUCCACUCUAGCAGAGGCACUCGUGAAGUACGAUGUCGAUCAAGUUUUCUACGCAGAUGAGCUUGAGUACGCCGUGCAGGGAUGGGCGAUCGGUAAUCGGCAGGCUGGCAUCUACGUCCUGCACCAGUCGUCGCAAUUCCCCGGCUGCGACAAUCUGAAGCCCGGUAUUGAUUCGAUAGCCCUUCGGUCAGCCAUGAACGUUUGUCGCAUGAUCAAGGAUGAUCACGAGAUCAAGCUUAUUCGGAAAGCGAACGACAUCAGCUCGCAAGCGCACCGAGAAAUCCUUGCUAACAUCACGAACUUCAAGAACGAGGCACAGGUCGAGGGAUUGUUCAUGGAUGUGUGCAUAUCGCAGCAAGCGAAGCAACAGGCCUACGAUCCCAUCGCUGCUUCCGGACCGAACGCCGGAACUCUUCACUAUGCCGCGAACGAUGAAGACCUCGCGGGUCGUCAACUCAUGUGUUUAGAUGCAGGAUGCGAGUAUGAGCUCUAUGCAAGUGACAUUACCCGCACUUUCCCGCUAUCUACUUCUUGGCCAAGCAAAGAAGCCGAGAACAUCUACAAGCUGGUCCAGCGUAUGCAGGAAACAUGUAUCAAAAGGCUAGAGCCCGGCGUAAGAUAUCUCGAUUUGCACAUCAUGGCGCAUCAGAUCGCAAUCGAUGGGUUACUGCAACUGGGAAUUCUUCACCACGGAACGAAAGAAGAAAUCUACAAGGCAGGCCUUGAAGUGCAUGACGUGGGUCAGGCACAACUCAUGAGUGUAAGAAGAGGGAAGCCAGUGUACCAGCAGGCACCAUCUCUUUACCCACAGGAUUUCCAUGUCCCAGUAUAUGACUCUGAGACUUGCCUCGCGCCCAGCGAUCCCCAGAGCAGCCAUCUUGAAGAAGGCAUGGUUGUCACUGUCGAGCCUGGCAUCUACUUUUCCGCAUACGCUCUACAGCAUUUCUAUCUCCCAUCACCCGUUCACUCCAAGUACAUCAAUACUGAGGUACUGAAGCGCUACAUGCCCGUGGGCGGUGUUCGCAUAGAAGACGACAUUCUCAUCACCUCAUCUGGAUACGAGAACUUGACUACAGCCCCAAAAGGCGACGCAAUGCUUGAAGUCAUCCGGCACGGAAAGAAAAGUGCUGUGGACAUGCCGAGUUCCGACUUCACUCCACUACGAAGACCGAGCGGUCCCGUUGAGCCAACUCUGCGACGCGCGCCCGGUAUUUCUACGCAUACACCAUCACAACACUUACAGAAGCCACUCGCCAGAGCGGCAACCCUUCCCGCAGACUUCGUUCAGCAACGCAACUCAGACUUCGCGCCUUUUGCAGGCCCCUCGCUCUUCUCCAAGUUCUCACGCUCAAUGACCACGGAAGAAAAGAUCCAGCAGUGGCAGCAUAAGCGUAGCCCAGUACCGAUUGCGCCCGUCCCCUCGGUCAACGCGAAGCAACUGAAUUCUGUCUGUGGCGAGAUGGAUCCGAACUUCCAGCAUGUUUACAUGAGCAACGCUUCCAGUCCGGCGUUCUCAUCACAAUCGACUCCGCAAUUCGACAGUACACCUCCGUGCCAGAAUUGCGCAAUCCUGGUACAGACGCUGGAUCGGCUGCGUCAAAACCUCACAUCCUCUAUUCGGAGCUCUUCAAAGCCUGAAGAGAAGCCUACUUCGGAAGCCGAUCUGAAGAGUAAGAGCACCAAGCGGGAACGCAACGACGAUCUAACACUGCCACCACGCAUUGGCGAACUUUCUGUCGGCGCUUCGGCUUGCACCAUAAACCUCGAUAAGAACCAGAGAAUUCCACUUCCACCACCCCAGCCUGAUUCUAGCAGGACACUCAUCCUACACUUCCGAUUCGCGCCCGAACUCUGGACAGCCAACUUUCACAAGCGUACUUUCGGGGCGAGGAGUCUACAGAUAAAGUCCAUCCUGUCCCACCACACCAUCAAAUCCGCACAGCCAAUGGAAUACCCGAACGAUUCAGGCGUCGCACUCAUAGGAAACUUCCCGAUCCUGUACCGUCUCCGCAAGCUCUAG